AUGGCGACCCUCACCACACAACCUUCUGCCCUCACUACUCCACCACAAUCUCCGCAUCCCUGGCAAGCCUACCUCGCCCGUCCACCCGUCAUCUGGGCCCACGUCAGACCCGAGUACGACGUGCAGAGCGAAGGCGUCAGAUUGAAGGGAUGGCAGGUCGGCAUGAUGAAACCGCAUAGGCUAACAUAUUGGUACGGGUCAGAAUACCGACUUAGCUUCGUCACAAAGCCCCUCCAGCCUGGCCAGUUGGAAGUUGAUCUCUACAAGCGGAAUCUCGGUCUGAAUAUGGAUGCGGAGGGCAAUCUCAUCCCGGUAGACCAGAAGGAGGUGCCGUGGAGACUGUUUCUGGGCUUUGAAUACCGGGGCCACGAGCAGAGGUACAUUCAUAUCACGUUCUUCACUCACCCGAGGACGUGGUAG